AUGGUGCUCCAACCCGCGCAGGAUGCGGACGGCAAUGAGGUAGGACAGCAUAUCGACCGGGCAAGCCCCUCGACGAAGUCUGGGGACAUGGCUGCAGGACAGCCCGCAUCCGAAUCGGGUCGUGAGGGGAGAUGGGGUGAAUAUGAAGAGGUCGAAACGGUCUCUCGUCGUGGCGCUAUGGAGGAGUUUGCUGAGAUGACGAGGGAGUUGACGAAAUUGAGUGUGCAGCACAGUAUGCCCUCGACAAGAAGAAGGCAGAGCAUUGCUCGCGCAUCUUUCCCCGGUUCAACAAUGGCGAAAGAUGUCGAUAUCGAACGUGGCGCAUCGGACUCGGCGCUUUCGGACGAGGAUCACUUUGAGUUGGGCGAUUUUCUGGGAGAUGGCCGUCUGGAGCGGAGAACCAUCGCGGGGGAUCCUGCAAAGAAGAUUGGUGUGGUUUUCAAGAAUUUGACAGUUGAGGGCGUAGAUUCCUCAUCAUCCUUUGUCAAGACGCUCCCAGAUGCGGUUAAAGGAACAUUUGGACCUGACCUAUACCAUCUUCUUACACGAUUUAUUCCAGCCCUGCAAUUCGGAAGGAAACCUCGCACUCGCAGUCUCAUUCAGAACUUCACGGGUGCUCUCAGAGGUGGAGAGAUGAUGCUUGUUCUAGGUAGGCCUGGUGCCGGAUGUUCAACCUUCUUGAAAGCCAUCGCCAACGAUCGAUCGUCGUUCACUGCUGUCCUGGGAGGAGUCAGCUAUGGCGGGAUCUCUGCAGAGGAGCAGCAUAAGCACUUCCGUGGAGAGGUUAAUUACAAUCCGGAAGACGAUCAACACUUCCCGACUCUGACUGUGGAGCAGACCCUCCGAUUCUCCCUGAUGAACAAGACCAGGAAGAGGGACAAGGGUACCAUUUCUGUCGUCGUUGACGGACUGUUGAAAAUGUUCGCAAUCAGCCACACCAAGAACACUCCUGUGGGCAAUGAGUUUACGCAUGGUGUUUCUGGUGGAGAGCGAAAACGGGUUGGUAUUGCAGAGACCUUGGCUACUAAAUCUUCAGUUAUUUGCUGGGAUAAUUCAACUCGAGGCCUUGAUGCCAAUACUGCUCUGGACUAUGUUAAGUCUCUCAGAGUCAUGACGGAUGUCAGCAAUAGAACGACAUUUGUAACCCUUUACCAGGCCGGAGAGGAUAUAUAUGAGCUGAUGGAUAAAGUCAUGGUUGUCGAGGAGGGUCGCAUGCUGUACCAAGGCCCCGCAAACCAAGCAAGGUCCUACUUCGAGAGCCUGGGAUUUUACUGCCCAGAGAGAUGCACAACGGCGGACUUUCUUACUUCCUUGUGUGACCCGCUCGUGCGUCAGUUUCAACCAGACAGACAAGCUUCAGCGCCCAAAACCGCCGAAGAACUAGAAGCAGCCUUCAGGGCUAGUGAUAUCUACAAGAGAAUCCUCAACGGUGUUGACAACUACGAGAAACAUAUCAAUGACACUGGCGCUGCUGAUACACACCUUUUCCAGAGAUAUGUUGGUGAAUCAAAAAGCAAAACGGUGUCAAAGCGAUCGAGUUACACUGUAUCCUUCGCACGGCAGGUCAAAGCCUGUACUCGGCGACAGUUUUGGCUCUUCUGGGGCGACAAGCCUUCAUUGUAUACCAAGUUCUUCCUCGUGCUCGCCGUUUCCCUCAUUGUUGGCUCUCUCUUUCAUGGACAGUCGCUUGAUACUAGCGGCGCUUUUCCCCGUGGAGGCUCACUGUUCUUCUGUAUUGUUUUCCUUGGCUGGCUUCAACUCGCAGAGUUGAUGCCGGCCGUGUCCGGCAGAACAGUCACUGCAAGGCACAAGGACUAUGCUUUGUACCGUCCUUCUGCCGUUGUCGUCGCCCGCGUGCUCGUCGACCUUCCCGUCAUAUUUGCUAUGCUUGUGAUACAAUCAAUUGUGGAUUAUUUCCUUAUGGGGUUUGACCUCGACGCUUCUAAGUUCUUUAUUUUUUUCUUGUUCAUCUACGUCAUCACGAUCUCCAUUACAGCAAUGUAUCGCAUGCUUGCUGCGUUGUCGGCGACGAUCGAUGAUGCAGUCCGUUUUGGAGGAAUAGCUUUUAACGUUGUUAUUCUUUUCGUCGGAUAUGCUAUUCCAAAGCAGGCAUUGCUCGACGAUUCUCCAUGGUUUGGCUGGUUGUUCUAUGUCAAUCCAAUAUCGUAUGGAUACGAAGCUAUCUUGGCUAGCGAAUUCUCGGACCGUGUCAUGGAUUGUGCUCCUUCUCAUCUUGUGCCUCGUGGCCCUGGCAUCGAUCCGAUGUACCAAGGGUGCUCAUUUUCUGGCUCUGAGUUGGGAAGUAACACGGUCUCAGGAGCGCGAUAUCUGGAAUAUACAUUUCAAUUUUCCCGGAGUCAUAUUUGGCGAAACUUUGGAAUUAUCAUCGCUUUUAUCAUUGGGUAUAUCUUGAUCACGGCUAUUGCGGCUGAGCUCUUCCCAUUUGUGACUGGAGGAGGUGGCGCCUUGGUUUUCAAAAAGCCAAAGAGAGCCAAAUCGAUAGCGAAUGCUCAGAAGAAAGCACAUUCCCCAGAUGAAGAGAGUGGAGGAAUUCAGCGUAUUGGAGAUACCAAUGGUACUUCCACCCCAAGAUCCUCUGCUACUGGCAACAGCAGCAACUCUAAGUUUAAAGGGCUCUCAACUGGUGACAGGGUUUUUACCUGGACCGAUGUUGAAUACAUGGUGCCAUAUGGGAAAGGUGAAAUGAAACUGCUCAAUAAGGUAACGGGCUAUGUGAAGCCCGGAAACAUGAUUGCCUUGAUGGGUGCUUCUGGCUCGGGAAAAACAACCCUCCUCAACACCCUAGGCCAGCGACAGAGAGUCGGGGUAGUGUCCGGUGAAAUGCUUGUUGACGGGCGAACUCUUCCCCCAGAUUUUCAAAGGGGUACGGGUUUCUGCGAACAGAUGGAUAUCCACGAUAAAACGGCCACUAUCAGAGAGGCUUUGGAGUUUUCAGCGAUUCUACGGCAAGAUCGAAUCAUACCUCGCGAAGAGAAAAUUAAAUACGUUGAGCAGAUUAUCAGCCUGUUGGAACUCGACGAUAUCCAGGAUGCCAUCAUCAGUUCAGUUGGCGUUGAACAAAGGAAGCGCUUAACAAUUGGUGUUGAGUUGGCAGCCAAACCUAGCCUUCUGUUCUUCUUGGACGAGCCUACUAGCGGAUUGGACAGCCAGGCAGCAUUUUCUAUCAUCCGAUUCUUGAGAAAGCUAGCUGACGCAGGACAAGCUAUUAUAUGCACCAUUCAUCAACCUUCUUCCCUGCUAAUCGAACAAUUUGACACCAUCCUGGCCCUAAACCCAGAAGGAAAUACUUUUUAUUUUGGGCCCGUGGGUGAGAAUGGUCGCACCGUGAUUGACUACUUUGCUGAGAGAGGUGCCUUCUGUCCUCCACGCAAGAACAUUGCGGAAUUUAUUCUCGAGACUUCAGCAAGGGGUCGCAUGAGCAAUGGGAAACGAAUCGAUUGGAAUGCCGAGUGGCGAAACUCGAAGGAACUUCUUAACCUGCGAGAAGAGAUCGAAAAAAUCAAUGUCGAACGGAGCAGACUUCAGCCUGCCGAAGUUACUGGUUCCCAGUAUGAAUAUGCCGCGCCUCUGUCACUUCAGUGUUGGAUGCUCACAAGGCGGGUAUUCAUCAACUACUGGAGGGAUUCCUCGUAUCUCUAUGGAAAGUUGUUUAUCAGCACAGUCAUUGGUAUCUUCAAUGGUUUUACAUUCUGGCAGCAAGGGAAUACCAUAGCCAGCAUGCAAAACCGAAUGUUCACUAUAUUCCUCAUCAUUUUGCUCCCACCUAUCUUCAUGAACGGCAUCCUUCCGAAGUUCUUCAUGAACAGAAUGCUCUGGGAAGCGAGAGAGCACCCGAGUCGCAUCUACAGCUGGUUCGCAUUUUGCACUGCCAACGUUGUCUGUGAGCUUCCGGCAGCGGUCGUUACUAGUGUCGUCUACUGGCUAUUGUGGUAUUAUGCCACAGGCCUUCCCACAAACUCGAGCGCGGCUGGUUACGUGUUCUUGAUGACAAUGCUUUUUUUCUUUUUCCAGGCAAGCUGGGGACAGUGGGUAACCGCCUUCGCGCCCUCGUUUACCGUUAUAGGAAAUGUCCUCCCAUUCUUCUUUGUAAUGCUAAACCUCUUCAACGGUAUGAUGCGACCGUACUCCUCCAUACCCCCAUUCUGGCGCUUCUGGAUCUAUUACGCAAACCCAAUCACCUGGUGGCUUCGCGGCGUGCUCUCAGCUACCCUCCCAUCUACGCCAGUCGUCUGCUCCCCCAACGAACUCACCCACUUCAACCCACCCCCCGGCCAAACAUGCACAGAUUACGCAGGUGACUUCAUCACAUCUGUCGCGCGAACAGGCUACCUUACCAACCCUAACGCGACGACGGAUUGUGCAUACUGCGCGUUCUCGAAUGGGAACGAGUACAUGGGUACCCUGAAUGUGCACGAAGAUGAUAAGUGGAAGGGCUUCGGGAUCUUUUUGGUAUUUGUGGUGAUUAACUGGGCUCUGGUGUACUUUAUGAUUUAUACGGUACGGGUAAGGGGAUGGACGUUUGGAGCUGGCACCGCGGUGGAGGUUGUGGAGAAAGCGCUUGCUUGGGUGAGAGGUUUAGUGAAGUCCAUUAUAAAGGGAAAGGAGAGAAGCGAAGGGGAGAGGGACGAGAAUAAGGAGAAUGAAUAG